AAUUCUUUCUUGAAUUCAAAACCAUUAUCACAAAAUAUUUAUUGAAACAUUGAAAUGCAACACCAGAAGAAUCAUCCCCUGAGUUCGUAUAAUUAUUUCCAGCUUCUACGGAAGAGAGUCAUUCUUUUAAUAAUUAAUUGUCCUGAAUCCUAAAUCCUGAAUCCUGAACCAUUUCAUGGAUUUUUUAUUUUUUUUUUAUGGGAUUCAUGGAUUCAUUUCUAAAGGAUGCACUCCUCUAAAACAUCAUCACAAACAUUUUUUAUCACUUUGUUUCGCAAUGGAUUUUUAAGAAACAAAAUACAUGGGAUUGGGGAUCUUGAAAGUCCUGUUUCCCAGAUAUUCUCCCUGCAAGUCACUCCAUUGGUCUCCAACAUUACCCCACAACCUGUACCCUUCUUCCGUCAAUUGUUUCCUAACCUGAGAUUUGUAUACCACAGCACUCUGUCCUUUGUUAGCUGCAUUCCUCAUCUUUUCAGAUGUUGCAGGGGACAUUACCAUUGUUGUUGAUGGGGAAUCCUUUCUCCUGCACAAGUUUCCCCUUGUAUCUCGAAGUGGAAAGAUUAGAAAAAUGGUAGCUGAUGCCAAGGAUUCUAACCUUUCAAAAUUGGAGCUUCUCAACUUACCAGGAGGACCCCAGGCGUUUGAACUUGCCAUGAAAUUCUGUUAUGGCAUGAACUUUGAGAUCACAACUGCAAAUGUUGCCCCUCUGCGUUGUGCUGCAGAAUAUUUGGAGAUGACUGAAGAUUACCGAGAUGAUAACCUCAUUGCACGAACAGAAGUUUACCUAGAUGAGGUUGUAGUUCUUAGUCUUGAGAAGUCUGUGGAAGUCCUUUGUGCCUGUGAGAUGCUACCUUCAAUAGCAGAAGAGAUAGGGAUACCAAGUAGAUGUGUGGAGGCCAUUGCCAUGAAUGCAUGUAAAGAACAAUUAGUUUCGGGUUUGUCUAGGUUAGAUUGUGGUGGAGAAUCUACAGAACUUAAGAAUGGAUGUAUUGAGUGGUGGAUUGAGGAUCUCUCCGUAUUAAGGAUCGAUUAUUAUCAGAGGGCUGUCUUUGCCAUGGGAAGAAUGGGGGUUCGGCAAGACAGCAUAAUUUCAUCUUUAAUGCAUUACGCUGAGGCAUCAUUGAAGGGUAUUGGAAAAUGUCAGAUUUGGAAUCCUGCAAGGAUGAAACCGAUUCCAGGCAAGGAAGAAAAUGACCAGAAGACAAUUGUAGAAACUCUUGUAAGUCUAAUGCCAACAGACAAGGGCUCCUCAAUUCCUGUGAGUUUCCUAUUUGGGAUGUUAAGGAUGGCAAUUACAGUGGAUGCUACCAUUGCCUACAGGCUUGAGCUUGAGAGAAGGAUUGCUUUUCGAUUGGAAAUGGUUUCACUUGAUGAUCUGCUUAUACCUUGUCUCCGACCUGGGGAUUCAUUAUUUGAUGUUGAUACUGUCCACCGGAUACUGGUUAAUUUCUUACAGCGGAUUGAAGAUGAAGACAAUGAAGAUUGUGAAUGUGGAUCAGAAGGAUUUGGUUCACCAGGCCAUGGUUCUUUGUUGAAAGUAGGACGCCUUAUUGACACCUAUUUAGCAGAAAUUGCUCCGGAUCCUUAUUUGAGCUUGCAGAAAUUCAUUGCCAUGAUAGAGAUAUUGCCAGAUUAUGCUCGUGUGAUUGAUGAUGGGCUUUACAGAGCCAUUGAUAUAUACUUGAAGGCUCAUCCGAUGCUAACAGAAAACGAGUGUAGGAAGCUCUGUAAGUUCAUAGACUGUCAGAAACUCUCACAAGAAGCCUGCAACCACGCUGCACAGAAUGAUCGUCUUCCAGUACAAAUGGUAGUUAGAGUCCUCUAUUUUGAGCAGCUUCGGUUGAAGAAUGCGUUGUCCGGAAGUUCUGGAGAUGGGUUCCUAUCCCAGAGAAUCAGCAGCGGUGUCCCUAGUGCAGCCAUGUCUCCUCGAGAUAAUUAUGCUUCCUUAAGAAGGGAAAACCGAGAGCUUAAGCUUGAGAUAUCAAGAAUGAGAGUCAGGCUGAGUGAGUUGGAGAAGGAGCAAACCUUUAUGAAACAAGGGAUGAUGGAUAAGUCUGGUAAUGGAAAAACUUUCUUUACUUCACUCUCUAGAGGGAUAGGAAGGAUUGGGAUCUUUAGUGGUCCUGGUGGAGCAAAAAGAGCGAAAUCUGGUCGAAAGUCACGGGGUUCAGAAGGGAAAACUGGUCGGAGUAGAAGAUACUCUGUUUCUUAGCUUAGUGUUAAAGUUUCUUCGCAUUUCAACAUAACAAGUUGAAGGCACUCUGUAAUCUUCAACUUUUGUUCUAUUUAAGGUAAUCUCUCUCCAUUUAGUUAAAAAGCACUAAAUUAUUUCUCACUGC